UGCUGCCAUCCCCGGAGGAGGCUCAUCGGGAACUCUCAGUCUUUAAUGUUCGUGGCACCCGGACGGAAUAGAAUGACGAACGAUGGAUCCCAGUCUGGACAACAACUUGAAGGCCGUCAGAAGGAGUAAAGAGGAGAAGAAAGUUCUCCGAAAACAAAUAAAAGCGAGUUACAUUUUGCUUAAACAUGAAGGCAUUAGCACGACUCAACAGCCUACCAAGAGUUUGGUGGUGGCCAACGCCGGUUUGGGGAACGGCGUUAGUCGAGAGGAGCUCUCUGCAGCUCUGAAAGAGAUGGGGGAGGUGGAGACUGUGAUAAUGGCCCCUCACAAGCCUUAUGCUUUUGUCACAUACAGAUCUGAAGAGAGUGCUCAGAAAGCCCUUGUCCACCUUAAUGGACAAAAGCUGCAAUGUGGAGAGAACAGUGUCACACUCUACCUCAGUUAUGUCAACUCAGUAACUUUUGAGGAGGAGAAGUCUGUUCCUUUGCCGGAGGGAUUAGUCUUGGUGGAAGAUUUUGUGUCUCCAGAAGAAGAGGCUCUGUUGCUCUCCGCUAUAGACUGGUCGUCCCCUAAUGACGAUGUCACUGCUCAAAAAGCUCUGAAGCAUAGAAGAGUCAAACAUUAUGGCUUUGAAUUUCGCUACGACAACAACAAUGUGGAUAAGGACAAGCCAUUACCUGCAGGUCUUCCUGAGGAGUGUCUGCCUGUUCUGGAGCGCUGUGUGAGGAACAGACACAUCAACAUCACACCAGACCAACUGACUAUCAACCAGUAUGAGUCUGGACAGGGUAUUCCUCCUCAUGUGGACACUCACUCUGCCUUUGAGGACACCAUCCUGUCACUGAGCCUGGGGGCAAAGACAGUGAUGGAAUUCCGUCAUCCAGACGGUCGUCUUGUUCCCGUGGUGUUGCCAGGACGGAGCCUACUGGUGAUGAAGGGAGAGAGCAGAUACCUCUGGACCCAUGGGAUUACUCCUCGGAAGUUUGACAUGGUGCCAGCCUGUGACCCACAAUCACCUGCUCACACAACUUCUGACCACGGGACCAACAGCAAUCUCACAUUAAGCAAGAGGGGCAUCCGCACUUCUUUCACUUUCCGCAAGAUCAGACAUAAACCCUGCCGCUGUGCCUUUCCCUCAGCCUGUGACAGUCAGGGAGCUCCCUCAGCACCCUCGCCCUCUCCGCCAUCUCCCCCGUCACUUCCCUGUUGCCGUGCCGACGCAACCCGUCUGGAGGAGGAGUAUGUGCACCGGGUGUACGACGCUAUCGCCUCCCACUUUAGCAGCACUCGCCACUCCCCCUGGCCUCAUGUUUGCCACUUCCUGUCCUCGCUCUCACCUGGCAGCGUGCUGGCUGAUGUGGGAUGUGGAAAUGGGAAAUACCUGGGUGUCAACCCAGAGGUGAUUGCAGUUGGCUGUGACCGUAGCAGUGCUCUUGUCCAAAUCUGUGCAGAGAGAGGUUUCCAGGCGUUUGUAUCCGACGCUCGCAUUGUCCCUCUGCGAACAGCCUCCUGUGACGCCUGUAUCUCCAUAGCUGUGAUACACCACUUUUCCACUCAGGAUCGUCGGCUGGCAGCAGUGAGGGAGCUGGUGAGACUUUUGAAGCCUGGAGGUCGAGCACUUAUCUACGUUUGGGCUUUUGAACAAGAGUACAACAAGCAGAGGUCCAAGUACCUCAAAGAACAGAACAAAGAGAUUCCUGCGAACCUCAGACCCAUCAACAGCACAUUAGACGACGGACAGGAGCCUCAUGGGAAAUCCAGAAUCCAGACCAGCAGACAUUUAGAAGACAACUACAGGCCUGUAGACAGCAUGGGAGAUGUUAGCAAAAUGACUGAUGGCAAACUUAGUGUGCACACCAACCGCACAGCCUUCAACACCCAGGACCUUUUGGUUCCCUGGCAUUUGAAAGCGGGGAAAAGACGAGAUGAGGAUGAGUCAGGAGAGGGUGGAAAGAAGGAAAAAAAGAUAGAGAAGUUCAACAAGACUUCAGGUAACUCUUGUUCACACCCUAGUUUGAGUUCCAAAACCAGAUUAGACUGUAACCGUGACGCCAGCCUAGCAUUUGACUCCAACAUGUCCUCUGGAUCCAGUCUUGACACCAGUGAUGCCACUCACAGCCCAGAUUCCAAACCCAGUCCAAAUGGUGACAUCGCACAGACAUCCAGCUUUACUCUAAAGUCUGAGUCUGAGAGCGGUCCAGCACCCGUCUUCCAUCGCUAUUACCACGUGUUCCAGCAGGGAGAGCUGGAGCAACUGUGCGGUCAGGUGGCUGGAGUCAAAGUGCAGAGCAGCUACCACGACCAGGGAAACUGGUGUGUUAUAUUAGAGAAGGACUGAAGGAGAUGACUUGAACUGAUACACACAUCAUUUAUAAUAACUUUGCUACAGAUACAUGUUGGGAGACGAUAUGAAUUCUGCAGUGAACCAUGACAAUUAAUGCAAUAUAAAUUUAAAAAAUCUUGUUUAAAUGCUGAAGAGAAAAAAUGAAUGGAAAUGAACAGAAAAGAGCUGCAAAAUAAAUAUAUUUUAU